AUGCACUCCAUUGCAUCUCUUCCCGUGGAAUUGAUCUCAGAGAUAUGUAACCAUCUUGAUCUCCAACAAUGGUUCCAUCUGAGGUUAUCAUGCCGCGCAUUGUACAACAGCUCACUCGAGAGUUUCGCGGAAACCUAUUACAAAAAAAUCCGCUUCAUUGUGACAAGCGAAAGUCUCCACAGAUUGGAAGAACUAUCCAAGUCAAAUGUUCUCCGGGAGCACGUCCAAGAGUUAUGGAUGAUACCAACUGUGUUCGGUGGUACUGAGGAGCACAUGGGCAUGGUUUCAAUAUCAUCAAAGAGCUGCCGACAAGUGAAAGGCGACGAACUGAAUAACCGACAUGCUAUCCACAAAGCUAUGCUCGUGGAUAACUCCAACCUCCUGGAAUCGGAAACGCUCAGUGUUAGACUUCGGGCAUGCUUGGACUCAUUUCAAAACCUUCAAUCAAUAGGACUUGCGCAUUACACAACAGAAUUUUUGCUUGACCCACGUCAAGAGACAGUUCCAUUCCUGGGAAGGCGACAGAUGAUGAGUCGAAUUGAUUUCCGAUUCGAUGUUUACAGUCUGCGAUCCAUGAACAACUCUACUAAGGGUAGUCCGAGAAGGCAGAAAAACUCGUUGGCAGUAUCGAAGCUCCUCCUUGCGUUAUGUGGCUCAAGAUGCAGACCCCGAAAGCUAUAUACCUGCGAUUCGCAUUUUUGUGGUGAUAUCGGCCCCAAACUCGCCCUCUCUGAAGAGCAUUUUGAGUCCCUACUGUCUGCUUUGAACGGCCUAGAGGAUCUUCAUUUGUGUAUCGAUCUCAAUCAGCCCCCCUGGUUGAAGCUCAUCACGCACCUGGCACCUCGAUUGGAAAGACUGACUUUUUCGCAAGAUCAUACUAAUAUGCCUGCCUAUUCCGUAGAAAGCUACAUUGGGAACACGUUCCAUGAAAUUCACUUCACUCGACUUCGAGAGCUUCAUCUUCAUGAGCUGGCUAUCUACUUCAACCCUCUGAAAUCGCUCUUACUGAGUGUAAAAGAAAACCUGGUCAUUCUUACACUUGAGCGGGUGACAAUACGCAGCGAGGUGUUGAGAUCUGCAGAUGAAACUAGUUCGCAACAAAGCGAGCCACCGGUGUUUCCAACAUCGCCAGGGCUUCAUCCAACAUCGCCAGUGUUUCAUCCAGAAUCGUCACCGUACCCCUUUCGACCAACAAUGCCAUCCUUUCGACCAACAAUGCCAUCCUUUCGACCAACAAUGCCAUCCUUUCGACCAACAACGCCAUCGGGCACACCCCUGCCAGUAAACGAUCCGGAACCACCACAAUACCCUCCCCCAUCCCCACAACAUUCAUCGACUUCCGAAUCAUCCGAGCCAAUGAUAGAAAAUCUAAUAGACUACUGGCCAUCCACUUAUCACCCAUAUAGCCCACCUAGAUACGCUCAUAUUUCACUCUGUCCAACCCGGGAAACUGAAAUUGAAUGGAAGCGCCACGAAAAAAUGGUGACUUGUAUGUCUGGACUUCUGAACAUUAUAAAGAACGACCUAUCUCUGGAAAAUCUCUCAUUGGAAGAUGUCAUCUGUGACGGAAAUUAUUAUUAUUUCAGAGGAUUCAACGAAUCGGCUGGAACAAGUGGCCGAGUGGACUUUGACAGUCGCAACGCUGGUAUCUUGUUGGGAGAAUGGAUUUCCAGUUUGAGGCCCGAGGCUUCCUAUCCGGGAUAUCGCGUUCUAGAAUUUAAGGAAGAUGAAGGUGAUUAG